GUCAUUUGCUCCUGCUUGUGGCCAAUGUGGCAAGAAGGGGGCAGGAAAACAGAAGGCUGCGGACAGGUAUUCAAAAGGUGAAUGUGCUGUUUAUUCUGAGCAAUGAAACCCCUUCUGCUUUUCUUCCUGGGAGCCCUGCUUCUCCCUGAACUCAAAGGGGCCAGCCAGCGUAGAGUGCGGUUCCUGCUUGGAAACCUUUUUGGAAAUAACGACCCUCCUCCUCCUGCCACCACACAAGCCCCACCUGCUCUUCCGGCAGAGCCAGCGUCCUUUUGCCAGGGCGGCUGUCGUGAUGGCUGGUUCAGUUACAUGGGCCAAUGCUACUUGUUUGUCCAGGAGCCAAAGACGUGGGAAGGAGCAGAGAGGGCCUGCCAAAGAGCCGUGAACGGAGGGCACCUGACCAGCAUCGUAAGCGCUGAGCACAACGAUUUCCUUGUCCGCCUGGCCACUCACGCGGGACACCGAACGGCCCAGUUCUGGACAGGAGGAAGUCACCGGAAGGGCUCCUCGCUCCAGUGGACGGAUGGCUCCACAACCAGUUUCUUCCAGCGCCCCCUGUCUUCCAUUCUCAGCAUGGCUGGAAGCGCCGUCAACGCUCUGCUGAGCAUUCGCAUCUGCGUGAAGCUAAAUAUAAAUGUCGGAGGCCAGGGGGACUGGGACGGCUCCGACUGCGGCAAGAAGCUGCCCUUCGUCUGCAGUUACAAGCCCAACCUUCUGCCGCCAUAGAAGAGAGUGCCGCCCACGCCGCUUUCCCCGCAUUCCUGCCCUUGGAGUGCAGAUCCCCCACCGGUGAUUCGUUGCUCUCCUGCGU